AUGGGGGUUUAUAAACUGCUAGUAAAAGGUGCAAGGCAAAUUGUCACCAUACGUAAUGACAGCAAUAUUAGUGUGCUUCGAGGGAAGGAGAUGGGGCAUGUGGAUGUUAUAGAGGCAAAUGACGGAGAUGGAGCUUGUAUUCUUGUGAACAGUGAUGGAAGAGUAGAAUUUAUUGGUUUAGACUCAGAACGAGUAUCAAGAUAUCCAACCAGUGAUGAAGAAGUGGAUCACGUGAUUGAGGCUGACGGGAAAUGUAUCCUCCCUGGUCUUGUAGAUGCUCACACACAUCCGGUGUGGGUUGGAGACCGAGUCCAUGAGUUUGCUAUGAAGCUAGCUGGUGCGUCGUACAUGGAGGUCCAUGAAGCAGGUGGAGGCAUUCAUUUCACCGUGGAAAAGACAAGAAAUGCAUCCCAAGAUGAAUUGUAUGUCAGCUUUAGCAAACGCCUUUAUGAUAUGUUAUCUACCGGAACCACGUGCGUUGAGUGUAAGAGUGGAUACGGACUCGAUACAGAAAGUGAAAUAAAAAUGCUGGAAGUGAUUGAAACUGCCAAACGAGAACAUCCACUGACGAUAUCAUCUACUUUCUGUGGCGCUCAUGCUAUUCCAAAAGGGUCCACUGCGGAAAAAGCAACAGAUGACGUCAUAAAUAAACAACUUCCUGCCAUAACCAAUCUCAUGAAAGAUGGGAAACUUCAUGUCGAUAAUAUAGACGUCUUUUGUGAGAAGGGAGUGUUCGAUUUAGAACAGUCGCGAGCUAUAUUGAAGGCAGGAAAAGAGGCGGGUUUGAACAUCAAUUUUCAUGGUGAUGAGUUACAUCCACUAGGUGGUGCUGAGAUGGGGGCAGAACUAGGUGCCCUCGCAAUCAGUCAUUUGGAGGAGAUAUCGGACAAGGGGAUCGCCACCAUGGCCAAAUCUGGGUCAGUGGGCGUGGUCCUCCCCACGACAGCCUAUAUCCUGAGACUGAAACCUCCACCUGUCAUGAAAAUGAUCGAAGCCGGAAUGGCGGUAGCGCUAGGUUCAGAUUUCAACCCAAAUGCUUUCUGUAUGGCAAUGCCGACAGUAAUGCAUCUUGCUUGCGUGCUAUUGCGGAUGACGAUGUCAGAAGCUUUAAUUGCCGCCACCCUUAAUGCAGCAUCCGCUGUUGGCUUAUCUAAAGAUUAUGGAUCACUGUCACCAGGAAAAUACGCUGAUAUGGUCAUUAUUGAUGCGCAAAGGUGGGAGCAUUUGAUCUACCAGUUUGGAAAUCACGAUAAAAUCAUAGAAUACGUCAUCAAGGAGGGAGACAUCCUUCACACAAAAUAUGAAUGUUGUGGAUAGAGAUGUAUAGGAUUCACCAAUCAUAUCCACUGUCUCUUUCUACUGACAAGUUUGCAAUUAAUCAUACUCCAAUGCACGUAAUAAACGCAUUAAAAAAAUUA